AUGCGGCAGCCCCUGGCGCUGCUGGCGCCGCUGGCCCUGCUGGCCGCGCUGGGGGCGGCGGGCGGCGGGCCGGGCGAGGCGGCGCAGACGGGGCGCUUCUCCACGCCGGAGCGGCACCGCUGCCAGUGGGAGCUGCGCUGGGCGGCGGGGGCCAGCGAGCUGCGGCUGAGCUGCCGGCCGCCGGCGGGCGGCGGGGCGGCGCGGAGCUGCGUGUACCGGGGGGAGCCCCGCCGCUGCCCCGCCUACGGCGCCCGCAGCCGCCGCUACUGGCGCCAGGUCCUGGCCCACCUGCGCCGCCGCCGCCGCCCCUGCGCCGAGGGCGCCCCGCUCGGCCCCCGCCUCUGCGGCCCCGGCCGGGCUCCCCCCGAGGCCCAGCUGCGGCUGCUGCUGCCCGGCCACGGCCACGGCCCCGGCCCCACGCCGCCGGCCCCGGCCUCCGCCGAGCCCCCCGAGCGCCUGGCGGAGACCUACUGCGCCCAGCGGUGGCACUCGCUCUGCAGCUUCUUCGUCGGCUUCUGGCAGGGCUGA